UUUAAAAUAACAGUAGAACAAUUGAAUGUAACAUUGAAUGAAGUACAAUGUAAAUCAAAAAAUUUGACAAAUGAAUCUGUAGCUGAUCUAUUUGAAAGUAACAACUUGAAUACAUCACAGAAAACAAUUAUUCAAGAAAUUAUCAAUGCCAGUAAAGUCAUGAACACUAAAAAUAGGAGGUAUUCAGAAAAUUGGAUACUAUUAUGCAUCUUAUUGAAAAUUAGAUCUUCCACUACUUACCGAUUUUUAAGAGAACAAGAAGUAUUACCUCUACCAUGUCCAAGAACUAUUAGAAAAUAUUUAUCAAUGAUAAACAUUCAAUGUGGUUUUGACAAGAAAUUUUUCCAAAUAUUAAAAAAAAAAUUGGUAUACUUAGAUUCGAACAAAAACAUGGUUUAUUUUGGCAGAGAAGUAGAUUCUUCUGAAUUAAAAGCUAAUCAUGCAUUAGUUUUUAUGUUCCAAAGUUUAGCUUUAAAUUUUGCUCAACCUAUUGCAGUUUUUGCAUCUCAUGGUCCAGUUAAAGGUAUUAAAAUUGAAAUACUGUAA